AUGUGGACCAGAGCUAGAUAUGUGUCACUUCUUCUUUUGCUCUCAGCGGAGCCACUUCUAGCUGGACCCGCUGCCUCAGGCCCUGUUCAGCCAGGUGAUUUAUUCGCUAUCUGCAUGGAAGCAAACACCCACGCGAAAGCUACCGAUGGGAAGAUCUCCUGCGGUGCUGGAAAUGUACCGGCAUAUUACAACGGCGCCAGAUCCAAAGGCAGCGGCAAUUUUGCGCUGGAAUUCCAAAGCCACCCUGAAGACGGUCACUAUGAGUUCGGGAUCGACAUUCGGUGUCAGGCCAGCCAGAGUGAUUUCGUCACCAAGACUGUGACAAUAACCGCUACCACCACGAUACAGCCAGUCACAAUGACCAAGACUGAAGACCUUUCAAUUUCCACUGUUACUGUGAUCUCCACAACCGACUGCGCCGACUCUCGCAUUACGCCUCACCCUUCACCAACUCCAUCGCCAGAUCCCACAAAAUUUUGCGCAACUGGUUCCCCAUACUGCUGGAAUGAACGAGAGCAAUAUAAAAGUGGCGCUGAUUGUGCUGAUGGGUAUAGAAUGGAGGGUUGCCACUGCCGCCACUUGUUCAGAGGGGAUAUCCGUCGCCCUCGGUGCAACGAUGUUGGAACGAUUAAGUGUACAAGCUGCCAAUAG